UGUGUGGUCACGGGAGGCUUAGGGCUCCGCCUAUAAACGUGCCGAGUUAUUAGAUACGUGUUGUUGCUAGGGGCGUGGGUUAUGCCGUGAAAUAUUCUAGUUUUCCCAAAAACUGAAAGAGAUGAAAUAUAGGAAGAUACUAGUGGUAUCAGCUGGACGGCAGAUGCGCUGAGAGCUGCCUGAUUCAACCUGAGGGAAACUGUGCCGCAGUGAGCAUUAUCUGAUGAAGAGUCUCCAUCCUGCACUCUCCAGGACAACCAGCGGAAAAACAGUACGCGAGGAUAGUUAAAUGAACAAUGCAGAGAAGCUGAGGUGCCACUUCUCUGGACUUAUUUCGAUUUUCACCCGGAACACCUGCUAUUUAUUUGCACAAAACAGAGCCCGGGAGGAUGGGUCUGUACAGGGGAUGACAGCUGCGCACGUGAUCGUCCCGUGUUUUUGGAUUAGUAAAAUGCACAUCCUCAACAUCCUGGCCUGUCCACUGUAGGCCAGCAAUUUGUCUGCGGAACAACAUCACAUCUUUUAUAGUUUGCGCUGGAGCGGGGGACCUUAUGCAACGUGGAGGGAACCGAUUUCGCAAGCUCAUAGGGUGAACUGGCAAUGACAUCAGGCUUAACGUGAACGGCUAUAUGUGCUGUAUUGCAGCAAGGUGGACCGGGGCGUGAGGUGGCACGGAGCACUGCGCGCAUCUUCCGAGCCGGACAUUUGUGUGUGGGGGUGUUCUGUGUCCUAAACAAAUUCAAGGAAUAAAGCGGCCAUACAUCCUGAGCUGGCGAACUGCGUCACUGCGUGCGAGUGUUGCAGGUAUAGGCAGCAAACUCUCCCACCACCAGGAGAGGAGCAUGCUCAUCAUCCUCCCAGCACAAUGUCGCCGGUAAGUGCUUAACAAUCUACCAGGGAUGGAUUCGGCGGAUCCGCCACUGGGAUCCACAUAUUCCUCAGCACCCAAUUUAGACUCGGACAUUAAUGCAAAUGCGCGUGGGCAUAUUUAUCAGAAUGGGACGGACCACAAUGUCAGCAUCCAAAUCGAAGCCCUGCGAGGCGCAAGUGACCCCAGCGCAUACCCCUCCACAGACUACCGGGCGCUGGUCCGACAAAGGUUCAUUCGGCGGAGUUUGUGGGUGUCAGACUCCGAAGACACCAGCCAGCAGCCAGUGGACACGCCGGAGUGUGUCAACAGCAGCCCGGUGCCCCUCAUUGACCUGCGGACAAUCGUUGAUCGGAGUCGUACAAGGGUUCUGCAUGGAACCUGCCUGGGCCUCCAGGAGACUUCAAGCCCGGAGAGCCAGGUGGGGCUGAAGGACAGCGCCACAGAGAGCGUGAGCGCCACAGAGAAGAAGAGGGACAGUAGGAAGGCCGAGCCAAAGGUAGAGGUUGCGCCCUCGGAUGUCACAGGUAAAGCAGGAAGUGACGAGAACGAAGAGGAGCCCGGGAUGAAGGCUGUGUCCACGUCACCUGGGGGUCGCUUCCUCAAGUUUGACAUUGAGCUGGGGAGGGGGUCUUUCAAGACCGUCUAUAAGGGUCUUGACACCGACACCUGGGUCGAAGUGGCAUGGUGUGAACUUCAGGACCGGAAACUAUCCAAAGCUGAGAGACAGAGGUUCAAAGAGGAGGCAGAGAUGUUAAAGGCUCUCCAGCAUCCCAACAUCGUGCGAUUUUAUGACUUCUGGGAAUCACAGGUUAAAGGGAAGAAGUGCAUCGUUCUGGUAACAGAGCUGAUGACCUCAGGGACACUUAAAACGUAUCUGAAGCGUUUUAAGGUGAUGAAGCCUAAAGUUCUUAGGAGCUGGUGCAGGCAGAUUCUCAAAGGCCUCCACUUCCUCCACACAAGGACUCCUCCAAUCAUCCACAGAGACCUCAAGUGUGACAACAUCUUCAUCACUGGUCCCACAGGCUCUGUCAAAAUAGGAGACCUGGGCCUGGCAACACUGAAGAGGGCCUCCUUUGCUAAAAGUGUCAUUGGCACUCCAGAGUUCAUGGCCCCAGAGAUGUAUGAGGAGCACUAUGACGAGGCUGUGGAUGUCUACGCCUUUGGGAUGUGCAUGCUGGAGAUGGCCACCUCAGAAUAUCCCUACUCUGAGUGUCAAAAUGCUGCUCAGAUCUACCGCAAAGUCACCAGUGGGGUGAAACCUGCCAGCUACAGCAAAGUCAGUGACCCAGAAAUUAAAGAAAUAAUCGGGGAAUGUAUCUGCCACAGAAAGGAAGAAAGGUACUCCAUCAAGGACCUCCUGAAUCAUGCCUUCUUUGCAGAGGAUACAGGCGUGAGGGUGGAGCUCAAUGAAGACGAUGAUGGGAAGAAAUCCUCCAUUGCCCUGAAGCUGUGGGUUGAGGAUCCUAAAAAGCUGAAGGGGAAGUAUAAGGACACUGGUGCCAUUGAGUUUUCCUUUGACUUGAUAAACGAAGUCCCGGAGGUUGUUGCCCAAGAAAUGGUGGAAUCAGGGUUUUUCCUGGACUGUGAUGUGAAGAUAGUUGGGAAGUCCAUCCGCGACCGCGUGGCUCUCAUCAAAUGGAGGAGGGAGCGUACCGUCUCGUCAGGAAAUGGCGAAGCAGCUGUGAAGAAGGCGCAGCCGAACCUACUGCAGGUGCCCGGUACCGUCGUACCACAGGCACCCGCAUUAGCUACGAAAGAUUAUGUGGACCAAGAGGUGGAGCAGCAGACCCUGAUCUGCACCGUGCCAGCCGCCACAUCUGUCACAUCUGACAGCAGAGUGAGCUCUACCAUGCAUUUAGAUGAUCUCAACAAACAGCAAGAUGGCCCCUACCAGUCGCUUCCAGAGCCCAUUUCCACAACUCAGAAGAUCUACAGUCCUCCUGCACAGGUAGAGCCUCAGCUGCAGCAGGGAACCUACCAGCAACCCGCAGCACAGGCCUCUCAUGAAAACUACACACAGACAUCCACUCAAUUACACCAUGGAGCCUACCAGCAGCUGCAUCCUGGGGCCUAUCGUCAACCUGCAGCACAACUGCAGCAGGGGCCUUAUCAGUCUCAAACAACAGUUUCUGCUCCAGCUACACCAGCUCCUAUUGUGCACCAGAGUAGACAGACAGCACAGAGCUUCCCCGCUGCAGACCCCGCUCUACAGCCACAACAUACUGCUCAACCCAGCCAGGAGCAGUGCCAUCUCCAACCAGCUGCUGUGCUGCCCCAGUUUCCCUCACCAUAUCCUGUCGUUCAAAUAGGGGGCCUCAGGCCCACUUCCUUCCCCCCAGCUCCUCUGCCAUGUGCCUACAGCAGCAGUCGCCCUCUUAUGUCUAGCUCCCACUACUCACCAUCACCCCACUAUCCCUCCUUCCCUCUGACCCCUCACACUACCCGGCCAUUUAUACCUACUCUCGGCAGCCCUCAGACCCCUCUGUCCACACCUCAAUACCUGCCCAAUGUGGCACUAUCUAUUCCACCUCUUGCCAUGGCCAUGUCCCCUGCAGUGCCCCAGCAGCAGGGCGGCCCUCUCACAUCUCAGACAAACAUUGGUAGCUUCCAUACCACCCAUCCCUUACAUCUCUCUCAGGUACAACCCACCCCAUACCCCACCCCCUACCCUGAGCAGGAAUUGGCUCAGCCGCCUGUCCAGGUACAGAUGAUUACACCACAGGGUCAUUUGGGAGAAUUUCACCUUUUGGCUUCGGUCCACGCUGCCUUGCCUGCUGUUCAGACUCCUCUCUGGGGAAGCGGAGUAAUCCCUGCAGCAGACCGAGACUUAACUGUAGCUCCUACAGUUCCAGCUCCAGCCUCAAUCUUAGCUACAGCUCAAGCUGAAACUCAAGCCCCAGGACAAACUCCAGCUCUGGUCCCAGCACAAAACCAACCACUCAUGCCUCAGACUCCAGCUUUGACCGCUGUUAAUGCCCCGACUUCAGUCCCAAUACAAGUUCCAACAGCAGUUCAAACCUUAGCCUCUGCUCCAGUUCAAGCACCGGUCUCUGCAUCGGGUCUCAUUUUUGAAUCACCAAAAGGAUCAUCUACAAGCUCAGAUACAUCUUAUGCACUUGGGAAACCCAAACUCUCCGUCUUAAGUUUAGGCUCUGCCCCAAUUCCUGUCACACUGCCAGACACAGCUCCUGUCGCAGCUUCGGUCCAGGCCGCAUUUCUGCAGCCUGCUGGCAUCCAGACAGCAGUGUAUGAGUGCGCCAUUCAGGCCGCAACUCAGCAAAACUUCUUCGAUUCUACAUCUUCCUCUUGCACCCUUCAACAAGAGCCCUGUGUAGAGGAUGUGCUUCAAGACAAAUCCGGAUCUUUACCGAGUUAUGCUUAUGACAGUCUCAACUCUGACGUGGCCUCUGGUAAGGAAACAAGUGACGGCUAUGACAGCUUGGCUAGUGGAGGGAAGGGGGACGGAAAACCCAGGAAACAUCACCGCAAGUCUGCUCGCACACGCUCCCGUCAAGAAAGGACCAGCAAGCCCAAACUGAGCAUGCUCAAUGUUUGCAACACUGGUGAUAAAAUGGUCGAAUGCCAGCUGGAGACUCACAACCACAAAAUGGUGACAUUUAAAUUUGAUCUGGAUGGAGAUGCUCCAGAGGAAAUUGCCACUUACAUGGUAGAGAAUGGGUUCAUCCUACUGUUAGAGAAGGAGAUCUUCAUUGACCAGCUAAAGGACCUUGUGGACAAAGCUGAAGACAUGCUGAAUGAAGACAUGGAGGGUGAAAGGGCCUCCGCCUUGAGUUGUAGUCCUGAGCAAGGCCAGAUUACUGAGGGGCUGUUGGGAGAGAGUCAGCAGCCUGGAGCGCCUCAGCCUGUCUAUCAGCAGAAUGUUCUUCAUACAGGAAAGAGAUGGUUCAUUAUCUGCCCCGUUGAGGAGACGGCCACAUCCAGCCAGGAGACCCCGACUGACGGCACAGCUACACAGUCUCUUGGGAGUUCAGCCACCACCCAGCCUGCUGACAGUGGCACUAUAAGGCCGUCUGCAUCCAGAGAAGGGUCGUCCUCCACAAUGUCUGGUGGCAGUGGUGGCUUCAACUAUGAUGUGUAUGGAUUCUGUAGCCCUCCGAUAAUGUCCAACACAGACCCUCUCCUCUUAGCUACCCUGUCCCCCCCUGUGUCUGCUCCCCCGACCCUUCAGUCAGGGACAUCGGUGGAGCCUGCGAGCGGCUCGGUGCAGCCCAGUGUUCAUCAGGCCCAGCCACCCAGAGCUCAAACUUUGCCCCCGUCGUCCCCACAUACGUCGUUACCUGUGGAUGAAUCACGAGGAUCCCCUUUGGGCUCCAUCUCCCCGAUCCAUGCGGCUCAGCAGAUGCCCGACUUGACGUGUCCUGUUUCUAUGGCUGACGAGGUGCCCUGCUGCCCCCUGGUCAUGCCCCUGUCUCUGGAUGUGAGCGGUUUACAUGGGGGGUCUCCUCUCACUCCUCUUCCACUCCAGGAGCCAGGUUCAGCCAAAGAGCCGCUGUCUGUCUCUUAUGCCUCUGUAGCUCGCAGCGAGCGCCCACAGCAGCCCGUGGUGCUGCACCAGCCUUUUUCCAGCGUGGGGGGGACCAAAGUGUCCUCAGUACCCCAGAGCCCAGCGCCCUCCCAGCACGGCGCAGGGCCCGGUGAGUCAGACGGCGAAGGACGUCUGGGCCGCGGGGGCUUUGUGGACAGCACCAUAAAAACUUUGGAUGAGAAACUAAGGAACUUGCUCUACCAGGAAUAUGCUCCCAUGUAUCCAUCAGGCAGCACUGCAGAGACACCGGGCUCCGGCACCGAGUACAUCCAGUCCCCUCCUGGUCCAGAGAGCGCCACAGGAGGGUCAGGAAACAGCACGCCAGGGCCGAUGGGGGAGGGACGCUACAGGGUGGGAGAACAGCUGCCUCAAAUUCCAGAGAGAAUGGACAGUUUGAGCACACUGAGUGACUCAGCUGUGUGUGCUUCCAUGUCAAGAAGACACGUUCCUCACUCUGCUUCCUGCUCUGGAACAAGAGGCCGAUUUAAGAUAAUCUCUGUUCCUCCUGAAGUGGCUAACAGACGAGAUGUGAAGCUGAGAAGCUGGAGCACUGCUGCCUCACCGGCACACCCUGUAGGAUACAGUGAGGAACACAUCCAGGCUGAGGCCAUGAGUGCAUCCACCACGAUUGGUCGUUUCUCUGUGGUCAGCACUGAAGAUGACAUUACACAGAGGACACGGUGCAGCCGCUACUCUGCCCCGCCUGAUUUCUACCUGGACACACCUCCGUCCAUGGCCAAGCAGGACUCCCUGCCUCGCGCCCUGACCUCGAACUCUGUCGCUGUGGAUGUCACGGUCCAUGCUCGUUUCCUCUCCUCAGACUCCGGGGCUGACAGCAGCCCUGCAAAGCUGGCUCCUGCCACCCCGUCUCAACAUACUCGCUCUGAGCGCAGAGGAAGUGACCUCAUGAAGAGGGCAGUGGCCUUCCUCCGUCGCUCAGGGCGCAGCAGCAGUGUGCAGAGCUCUGACUCACCAAGUAGGCAUGGAGGCGUGCCCGGCUCGGCCUAUGCCAGCAGCGAUAAUGACUCAGAGAUGGAGGACUCGGACAUGAAGAGGGACCUACAGAGACUCAGGGAGAAACAUCUGAGGGAGAUCUCUGAGCUGCAGGCCCAUCAGCGGGGGGAAGUGGAGCUGCUGUAUCGCCGGCUUGGCAAAGCCCCUCCUACUGGCCUGGGUCUCUCACACGUUGCACCACAAGCCGGUCGAAGGAAGAGGUCCAGCAAGCACAGACUGAAGCCUGGCAAACUUCUCAGCCCUCUGGUUCAGCAAUUUAGAAAUGUCACAACCAAAUCUAGUGACUCCAGCAAAUCCAGUGCUGCUACGGGUACAGGUGAGCCCACAGUGAGUUUAAACGGCUCUCCAGCCAAAGGGUCUAUCCCCACUCACGGCAGGGCACGUUCAUGCACCAGCCACCUUCCCAGCUCAACCUCAGAGCCCGUUCAGACUCAGCAGCCCUGUUCCCUCAAGGGAUCUUUGUCUUCCGAUAAUAUUUACGCUGGACUACAUGGAGACGGCACCGGCACACAAGCUCCACCUGGACAAGGCUGGUCUAAUUACCCUCAAACAUCUGAGAGAGUGACCUAUAAAUCCAGUAGCAAGCCACGAGCUAGAUUUCUCAGUGGGCCUGUGUCUUUGUCUAUCUGGUCAACACUGAAGCGUCUUUGUCUUGGUAAAGAACGUGGCAACAGGUCUGCAGCCGGGCCAGGGGCUUUCAAUCAAUCACAGCAGCCGCCUGCAGGUGCCACGCCUCCUUCUCAUCAGCCAGUGAUGGGACUGGCCCAAGCUCAGGCCAAUAACAGCAACAACAAGACCGGCACAUACACUGGCUCAUCCAUGAGCGCCAGUGAAAACAACCUGCCUGAAGACUUGCAGCGGCUGAUGGAGGACUGGGCCCAGGAGGUUCUUAUCGUCACCCGCAGGCCGCGCACUAACUCUCUGAGCAUCAGUGGGCAGCAGCUUUGGAAUCAGGUUGUGCCUCGAGCACGUGGACACCUGGCUAGUGCUUCAGAUGUAUCAUGGACAGCUCCAGGUUCAGAGGCCUGCAGUCUUCCCCUGUCAUGGCCUGAUGGCCCCCCAGGGUCAACAAUGAUGACCAGCCCCUCCACAGGGCCCCAUCCCAGCUAUCAGCCACACCCUCCUGCUCCAUUCAGGGCCUUGUCCUUGCCUCUCUCUAAUAGCCAGUGGCCUGGGUUGCUCUUUCAACUUCCUUCAGGAGUCUUUGCCUUUCCUGCCUUGCCCUCGGCCCAGGACGCCCCCAGCCCCAUUCUAUCAUAUCAGCCACCCAACCCCAAAGCCAGGACUCUCUAACCUGAGUAGCAUUGUGUCUUCCAACUCCGUUACCAAAAAGAAAUGUCAUCAUAGGUCCAGUCCAUUGUGUGUGAAUAUACUGUAUAGAUUUAACCAGCAUGUAUCUAAUCAUAUGUACAUACUCUAUUCGUUUUUUAUGCGUUUUAUGCUAUUUGUUUAAUUUGCAUAAACAUACCUCAUGUCCAUAUUACGGUACAUAAUCCUUGAGUGCAGUGUAAAUGUAUUAGUACAUUAAAAUACGUAUAAUUAGCCCAAUCAGGCUUAGAAGAGCAGAUUUUUGUUAUUGCUUAGAAAUGUACCAUUCCACUCAUUGAAUGUUCAUAAUGUAGUGUUCAUUCAUGGUACAUUGCCGUGUGUAUAUAUAUUAAUUCCUGUUUGUCUGUACAUAGCUCCAGUGUUUGUACAGGUAACAUUAGAUAAUCCAUUGGUCGGUGCUGCAGAUAGGUGUCCUAACGCGACACCUUAUUAGCCACCAUCAUGCCGUCACUGUGAACACUUGACAUCCUGGUCACUAGGACCAGUCGCUUUACUCUGCUCCCUCAGUCCAAGGAUAGGUUUCAUUCGUCAUCGAUGAAAUGCUUCCAGCACAAGCGCUUAAAAUAUCCUGAAGAGAUUUGAAUGAACUUGAAUUUUGUCUUCAGGUGAAAAAACACCUGUGAGAGUGCCUUGAAUUGCAGUUUCAGUUUUAUGAAGAAAAGCAUUUAGAUUCCCAGCAGACUCUAGAUAUUCUAUAUAUAUAUAUAUAUAUGCUUUCACCUCCAAAGGUAAAUUAUGUGAUUUGAAUAAUGAAUGUUGAUUGACACAUAUUUACUUUAGCAACCAAACACAACUAAACCCUAUAAUCUGGUUAUGUUGCAGUUAAUGAAAUAUCACAGAUUGUAAAACAAAAUCUUGUUCACUGGAGUCAUUUUCCUGUUCUCUGCUACCUGCACCACCGCCUGCAUGAAUACAUUGAUAUUCUGUGUGUGUGCACAGGUUGGAGUGGUGAGUUACAGGAAGAAUGUUGUUAAGAUAAAUUGACAUUAAGACUAUACGACCAGGAGGGCUGAAGGACCCGACAUAUGAGUCAGAAUCAUGAUCAUACCAGACCUCUACUAAUGCAGUCUGUAGCUUAACAUAUGGUUGCCUUUGUGGUUUUUACGAGAUAACUGGCAGUUUGAUAAAUGUUGAUGAUAUGGUGACAUUAGAGGCACAUGAAGAAUGAGAAUUAUUGAGAAGCCUGUUUGACAUGUUAUUUGUAUAAUGCAUAGGUUUUCUAAAUCAUGUUUAUUCAAUGCUGGCCUCACAAGAUCAUCUGGCUCAUACAGUUAAUUGUAUGUACUAUGGCUGACUUAAUUCAAAGAUCUCCAACAAAUAUUACGCUAUCACGCUAUCAGUUAUUUCAAUAGUGCUGCCUCAAAAACUACACUUUCAACACUUACUUCUCUUGUAGAACUUUACUUAGCAGAUUUCCCUCUUAAAAAUAGUUUGUUGAAUGCACCAAUAUGAUGAUGCAUCCUGGUAAAACAAAGUAGUGGCAAAAAAAAUCCAUGCAGUAAAGAAGUAUGUUGGGUGUAAUGAUCCAGACCCAGUAUGGGUCAAGCUCCAGAAAUGCUGUAACCUAAAUUUCACAUAAUGCAGCUCAAUAUCAUCUUUGACCUCAUCAUUAUUUUUCUAAUUUUCAGAACCACAUUAUACAACAGUGGAAGUAAUAAUAAGUAAACUGGACUUUAUGUAUACAAUUGGUGGAGUGCCGCUUCAAAAACCUUCCAUGUUAGCACAGCGUCACAAUAUUUUGUUUUAAAUGCAAAAUUUCUUCCAUGAUGAAAUAUAGAUUGUUUUUCUUUUUCCUGAGAACAUCUCCGAUGCAGCUAUUUUCGUUGUGCUUUACACAGUAAAUCCUGUAUUUGAUCUCUUUAAUGCUUGCAAUGAAAGCAAGGUGUAUGGUUCCUUUUGCCUGCUGUAUCACCUGUUUUCCCUGUCAAUUCCUGACCUCGUCAGAUCGGUACAUUUCACAAAAGCUGUACAUACUUGAAGAUAGAAAUAAUAAAUUCAUUUUUGCUUGACACCA